GACAGUGUUUGUUGAAAGUAAUCUCCCCUCGCUUUCUCUACCGGAAAUAGGUGGAGCAGAUAAUGACGUGGAUUCCUCAAGUUACGAAGAUCCACCAAAACAAAACCAAUUUUUGGUUAAGGUGAUUUAUAACAACCAUCUCCUCCACUAAGAUCUAUGUCCUGUUGAUUGCUCAACUUUUGUGUUUUGAAUUAUGGGAGCAGCUGGGAGUAGCUUCAGUGAUCUUCCCACCAAUGAAUACUUGAAACAGUUGUCAGGAAAUAAGUCUCUGUCAUCAAUUGACCCCUUCUGGAACCAGUUGUUAUCUUUUUCUUUCCUCUCCCCAUCAUCCAGUGCAGAUGCCAGGCUCUUGGAGGAAUCUACUUCAUCAAUAUGUAAAAAUUUAGCCAUCAACAACUUCCAGACUGGCAAUUUUGGUGCUUUGGUUCGUAACUUUAUUGUCAGGGCUACAGAACUGAAAGCUUCUACACAAUGUGAAGAUAAUAUAUUUACUUGGCAAACCUACAAUGCUCUGUUUAUCAUCAGGAGUUUAUGCAAGUAUUUUGUUGAAAACCUCAGCGAAGAACUUAUAACACAACAGUUUGAUUCUGUCAACUCAGCUGAAGCAGAAUGUGAUUCAGAUGACGACACUCCUCUUGCAGAGAAAUUAAUGAACUCUCUCGUGGAAUUGCUUGUCGACGUUCCAGUUGUGAAUUUCUCUUAUGCUUUGCAUUUGGAGGCAUUGAACACUCUGAUAGUUUUGCUGUCUAUCCAAAUGUAUCAACCCCAAGCAGCCUCCAACUUUGCCUAUUACAGAUAUAUGAUGCAAGGAAAAUGUCUGUCUGAGACUGAACCUGGGUGUCUGAGAUAUAAACUCCUUGUUUUUAAGUGUAAAUAUAUGUGUAUAUUUGCUCUAGCUGGUCUUUGGAAUGUUGUGACACUUGGAAUGGGUAGUACUGCCAAAAAGAAAGAAGAUGAAUUUAUCACUGAAGCACUUUUAGCCAACCAAAGUAUUCUGUUUGUACUAGUGUUGGCUAAUCACUGUACAGGGGAACGCAAGAUGAUUAAUCCCUAUCGACAGGCACUCUGCUCUUUCACCAAUUCUCAAGAUGAAUCAGAGAGUUCUGUCCCAACAGAAGCAGUUGCAACCUUCAAGCUAGACUUCUCUAAAUUGUAUAAUACACUUUGUGAAACACUUCGAGAUGAUCAAACUACUUUGCUUUUGUAUCUUUUACUGCACAGAAAUCCCCACAUGAAAGCUUUCAUCUUAUCCAGAACAAAUAUAGAUUCAUUAGUGAUGCCUAUCCUACAAAUCCUAUACCAUGCACAAGACAAAAACUCCCAUCAUAUUUAUAUGGCACUUAUUAUCUUAUUGAUUCUAAGCGAGGAUGAUGUCUUUAAUCGUGCAAUUCAUGAUGUUACAAUAAAACAUGUACCUUGGUUCAAAGAAAGAAGUAUCAAUGAAGUCACAUUAGGAGGUCUCCUCAUUCUCGUUGUCAUACGAACCAUCCAAUACAAUAUGACACGGAUGAGAGAUAAAUACUUACACACAAAUUGUCUUGCUGCAUUAGCCAAUAUGUCUUCUAACUUCAACAACUUACAUCCUUAUGUUGCUCAGCGAAUUGUCAGUUUGUUUGCUCAACUGUGCAAGAAACACAGCAAAUUGGUUGAACAUAUUCGAAGUGCUGCAGUGAAUGGUUCUCUUGAAAUGGAACAAGGAAAUGGUGUUGACUCAGAUUCAGAUAUAGAUUAUGUACAAGACUUAGCAGUUCUUGAAGAAGUGAUUCGAAUGGUGUUGGAAAUAAUCAAUUCCUGUCUAACAAAUGGAAUCUUACAUAAUCCAAACUUGGUCUACUCUCUUUUGUAUCAGAAAGAUCAGUUUGGGAUGUUUCGAACGCAUCCGACUUUCCAAGAUAUUAUUCAAAAUAUUGAUACUGUUUUAGCCUAUUUUUCUUCCAAACUAGAACAAAAUGGACAGAAUCUUUCUCCAAAUGAAGUUUUAACAACCAUUAAGGAAGGGUCUUUACAGUUUCGUAAAGAUCGAUUAAGAAAAUUUCCCGAGCUGCGUUUUAAGUAUGUCGAAGAAGAAUCUCCAGAAGAAUUUUUCAUCCCUUACAUGUGGUCAUUGGUCUUUCACUCAUCACACUUGUAUUUCAACCCAGCUCGAAUCGUACUCUUCUCCCUGGCUGUUUCCUGAGAUUUACUUUCUACUGGUGGCAGUGAGGCUGACGCUGGUGGGGCAAACGUGCCUCAAAGGACUCCUAAUACUUGUAGCUAUGGCAACAGAACUGAAAUAUGGAUGACGAAAACCAGAAA